UCUAGCAUCACGGCAGUAGGUUUCCAAGCUUGGAGUUAUUCUAGUCACCACAACUGUAUGCCUGCUUGAAGUAGUUAAAACAGGGCACAGCAGCACAAGGAGUCUGCAUGUCUGCUUAGACAUGCUCAGCUUUGUGGAUAACCGGAUUCUGUUGCUGCUUGCAGUAACUUCAUUGCUAGCAUCAUGCCAAUCAGGGGGACUCAAGGGCCCAAGAGGAGCUAAGGGGCCUCGAGGUGACAGGGGUCCCCAAGGUCCUAAUGGAAGAGAUGGUAAAGAUGGACUCCCCGGCGUUGCCGGCCCCCCUGGUCCCCCUGGACUUGGAGGAAACUUUGCUGCUCAGUUUGAUGGAGGAAAGGGCAGUGACCCCGGACCUGGACCAAUGGGUUUAAUGGGACCUAGAGGACCCAACGGACCUUCCGGAUCCCCUGGACCCCAAGGAUUCACAGGACAUGCUGGAGAGCCUGGAGAGCCCGGACAGACUGGCUCCAUUGGUGCUCGUGGACCCACUGGAUCCGCUGGCAAACCUGGUGAGGAUGGUAACAACGGCAGACCUGGCAAGCCUGGUGACAGAGGUGGCCCCGGAACUCAGGGUGCUCGUGGAUUCCCCGGAACUCCUGGACUUCCUGGAAUGAAGGGACACAGAGGUUACAAUGGUCUGGAUGGACGCAAGGGAGAGUCUGGUACCGCUGGUGCUAAGGGUGAGACAGGUGCCCAUGGAGCUAACGGAACCCCCGGACCAGCUGGUUCUCGUGGUCUGAAUGGUGAGAGAGGGCGUGCCGGCCCUGCUGGACCAGCUGGUGCCCGUGGUGCUGAUGGAAGCACUGGACCCGCCGGCCCUGCUGGUCCUCUUGGAGCAGCUGGCCCCCCUGGUUUCCCUGGUGCCCCUGGCCCCAAGGGAGAGAUUGGAGGUGCUGGAUCCAAUGGCCCAUCCGGACCUCAGGGAGGCAGAGGAGAGCCCGGUAUCAAUGGAGCUGUUGGCCCCGUCGGUCCCGUUGGUAACCCUGGUAACAACGGUAUCAACGGCGCCAAGGGAGCUGCUGGUCUCCCCGGUGUUGCUGGAGCCCCUGGUUUCCCCGGCCCAAGAGGAGGUCCCGGCCCCCAGGGCCCCCAAGGAUCCACUGGAGCUAGAGGCCUUGGUGGUGACCCUGGACCCUCUGGACAAAAGGGAGAUUCUGGUGCUAAGGGAGAGCCUGGUCACUCUGGUGUCCAGGGUGCCGCUGGUCCCGCUGGUGAGGAGGGCAAGAGAGGCUCAACUGGAGAGGCUGGUGCCACCGGGCCCGCUGGUCUGCGUGGAGCUAGAGGAGGUGCUGGAACUCGUGGUCUGCCUGGUCUGGAGGGAAGAGGUGGUCCCAUUGGUAUGCCCGGAGCUCGUGGAGCCACCGGCCCUGGUGGUAUCCGUGGAGCCCCUGGUGAUGCCGGUCGUGCUGGCGAGUCUGGUCUGACUGGAGCCAGAGGCCUCCCUGGAAACUCUGGACAGGGUGGACCCCCAGGCAAAGAAGGCCCAUCUGGUGCUGCUGGUCUGGAUGGCCGCACUGGUCCCCCUGGCCCAACUGGACCCAGAGGCCAGCCCGGUAACAUCGGAUUCCCCGGCCCCAAGGGACCUGGAGGUGAGGCUGGCAAGGGUGGUGAUAAGGGACCUACUGGUGCAACUGGUCUGAGAGGCGGCCCCGGUGCUGAUGGCAACAAUGGAGCUCCCGGCCCAGCUGGAGUCGUUGGUAACGCUGGUGAGAAGGGAGAGCAGGGGCCCUCUGGUGCACCAGGUUUCCAGGGUAUACCCGGCUCUGCUGGACCUGCCGGUGAGGCAGGCAAAGCUGGCAACCAAGGUAUGCCCGGCGACCAGGGACUCCCAGGACCCGCUGGUGUCAAGGGAGAGCGUGGAAACUCUGGUCCUGCUGGUUCUGCCGGAUCUCAGGGAGCCAUCGGUGCUCGUGGACCUGCUGGAACUCCUGGCCCCGAUGGUGGCAAGGGAGAGCCUGGUUCUGUCGGCAUUGUUGGUGCCGCCGGACACCAAGGACCCGGUGGUAUGCCCGGUGAGCGCGGUGCUGGUGGUACUCCCGGACCCAAGGGUGAGAAGGGUGAGGGCGGACACAGAGGACUUGAGGGUAACAUGGGAAGAGACGGCGCCCGUGGUGCCGCCGGACCAAGUGGACCCCCUGGACCUUCCGGUGCUAAUGGUGAAAAGGGUGAGUCUGGCUCCUUCGGCCCUGCCGGACCUGCUGGUCUUCGUGGACCCAGUGGAGAGCGUGGAGAGGGUGGACCUGCUGGGCCUCCCGGCUUCGCCGGACCCCCUGGUUCUGAUGGUCAGUCUGGCCCUAGAGGAGAGAAGGGACCCGCUGGUGGAAAGGGAGAUGUCGGCCCUGCCGGCCCUGCUGGACCUUCUGGCCAAUCUGGACCUUCUGGUGCUAGCGGACCCGCUGGUCCUCCUGGUGGUCGUGGUGAUGCUGGACCUUCUGGUCUGACCGGUUUCCCUGGUGCUGCCGGUAGAGUUGGAGGCCCCGGUCCCGCUGGUAUUUCUGGGCCCCCUGGCUCCGCCGGUCCCGCUGGCAAGGAUGGCCCUCGUGGUCUCCGUGGUGAUCCUGGCCCCGGUGGACCUCAGGGAGAGCAGGGAGUUGUUGGACCCGCUGGUAUCGCUGGAGACAAGGGACCCAGUGGAGAGAGCGGUCCUCCCGGUGCUCCUGGUACCGCUGGACCCCAAGGUGUGCUCGGACCCUCUGGCUUCGUUGGUCUGCCUGGUUCCCGUGGUGACAAGGGUCUUCCUGGCGGUCCUGGUGCUGUGGGUGAGCCUGGUAGACUUGGACCUGCUGGUGCCUCUGGACCCCGUGGUCCCUCUGGUAACAUUGGCAUGCCCGGUAUGACUGGUACUCAGGGAGAAGCUGGACGUGAGGGUAACUCUGGCAACGAUGGACCUCCCGGUCGUCCCGGAGCUGCUGGCUUCAAGGGUGACCGUGGUGAGCCUGGUUCUCCUGGAGCCCUUGGAAGCUCUGGUCAACCUGGACCCAACGGACCCGCUGGCUCCGCUGGCAGACCUGGAAACCGUGGAGAGUCUGGCCCCACUGGAAAUGGUGGUCCCGUCGGUGCUGCUGGUGCCCGUGGUGCCCCCGGCCCUGCUGGUCCCCGUGGAGAGAAGGGUGGCGCUGGAGAGAAGGGAGACAGAGGCAUGAAGGGUCUGCGUGGACAUGGUGGUCUCCAGGGAAUGCCCGGACCUAAUGGACCAUCUGGUGAGACUGGCUCUGCUGGUAUCACUGGACCUGCUGGACCCAGAGGUCCCGCCGGACCCCAUGGUCCCCCUGGUAAGGAUGGUAGAGCUGGAGGUCAUGGUGCUAUCGGACCUGUUGGACACCGUGGUUCCCCUGGACAUCUUGGACCUGCUGGUCCACCCGGCUCUCCUGGUCUUCCCGGACCCGCAGGUCCCGCUGGUGGUGGAUAUGACCAGUCUGGUGGAUACGAUGAGUACAGAGCCGACCAGCCCUCUCUCAGGGCCAAGGACUACGAGGUGGACGCCACCAUCAAGUCCCUGAACUCCCAGAUCGAGAACUUGCUCACCCCCGAGGGCUCCAAGAAGAACCCCGCCCGUACCUGCAGAGACAUCCGACUCAGCCACCCCGAAUGGAGCAGCGGUUUCUACUGGAUCGACCCCAACCAGGGCUGCAUCGCUGACGCCAUCAAGGCCUACUGCGACUUCUCCACCGGACACACCUGCAUCCACCCUCACCCCGAGAGCAUCGCCCGCAAGAACUGGUACAGGAGCUCUGAGAACAAGAAGCACGUCUGGUUCGGCGAGACCAUUAACGGUGGUACUGAGUUUGCUUACAACGACGAGACCCUGAGCCCUCAGAGCAUGGCCACACAACUGGCCUUCAUGCGUCUCCUGGCCAACCAGGCUACCCAGAACAUCACAUACCACUGCAAGAACAGCGUGGCGUACAUGGACGGAGAGAACGGCAACCUGAAGAAGGCUGUGCUCCUGCAGGGUUCCAACGACGUGGAGCUGAGGGCCGAGGGCAACAGCCGCUUCACUUUCAACGUUCUGGAGGAUGGCUGCACUAGACACACUGGCCAAUGGAGCAAGACAGUCAUUGAAUACAGAACAAAUAAACCAUCUCGCCUGCCCAUCCUCGACAUUGCACCUUUGGACAUUGGUGAAGCUGAUCAAGAGUUUGGUUUGGACAUUGGCCCAGUCUGUUUCAAAUAAAUAGACUCAUGAUAAAUUAAAAAAAGGGAGAAAGAACGAAAAAAAGAAUCUCUGCCCUUCUUUGUGUGUUUUUUUUUUAUACUGAAUGCUCAUUUCCUCUGCACAUCCACUUGCUUAAGCUGGGCUCUAUCGGAGAGAACCAAUGGACUGAACGGAGCGUUGUGCAAUGCAGAUUAAUACAGCAGCCCAAAGAGACGCGGGAAAACACCAUGUUGUGGAACAUGUCAACAUUUUGUAAAAAAUCUAAUAAGUGUAAUAAAAACGCUGAAAGUAUGCAUCACUUUGUGGUCUUUGUAUAUCUUCCAAAGAGGAGGUUUAAAACCACAAUUUUUUUUUUUUAUAAAAAAAAAAAGGUUGAAGCUACCUCAUGCCUGUGUUUUAGAAAAUUCUAUUGAGAAGCUGUCUGAUCCACAACGUAGAUGUUACGAACUCUACGGCUUCAAGCUCUGUCCUGUAUCAAAGGUGCUGAAUUACUUGAAGCAGAGAUCUAUGGUGCUAAACAUGCAGCUGUGGAAAAGCAGGAAACCACUCAUUCUCACUGUGUUACUUUGUAUUGACUUUGAUGAGUCUUGCACAGGUCCCCCUGAUAAACCCCAUUUUAAGCAGGUGGAAUUUUCCUAAAUCUGGUCUGAUGUUUGUCUGGUUUUGACUUUGUUUCUGGUUUUUUAAAUAUUUUUUUUUUUUGUCUUGGAAGUUUUCUUUUCUUUUUUGUUCAGACAUUUUACUCCUUCAAUUCCCCCUAUCAAUGCAGUGUUCAUGCUGACAGCACAUUAUUUUAUCCAUUUUUAAUGGAUUUUAGGCGGCCUCUCUCUCUCAAAACCACAAAGUUUAUUGUACCUAUUUUGUAUAUGUGAGAUGUUUAAAUAAAGUGUGAAAGUUCUGAAAUAAAGCAUGUCCAAUGUUCCAAAACGACACCAUUCAAUGACUAAAGUGCUUUCAUGUUUUACGAUGAUGAUAUUAUUAAAUGAGGUUGGAGUUGAAA